AUGAAGCUUAUAUCCCUAUCCGUAAUUGCGACAUAUGCUGCUGUUGUCUCUGCCGUUCCUGGGGGCCGAUUCAACUCUUUAGAGAAAAGGGGAACCACCACAGAAACUAUAAGUAAUUUACGUUUGGUACACGUUGUCGAGGAAAAGAGCUUUACAACGACAAGUACAACCACUGUCACUGAUGUAAACACCAAAACACAAACAGAUUAUAGCACAGAGUAUCUUCAUCACCUCACCUCUAGUCGUAGCCUACUUGAUCCUUGGCCUCUUAUUGCUAGUGCAUCUAAACCUGUCCCUAGUUUAAGUGUUAGUCAUCCAAGUAUCACAAUUACUCCCAAAGCCAGCUCGACCUUCCCUUGGCCAGCCGUUGACUUUACAGACAGUUCCAGAGGACAUGGUUCAAGCCCUCCUUGGCCAGUUGUCACCGACAUCACAAAAUCCGCUAACGAAGAUUUCAGCGUAUCUUGGCCAUCCGGUGACUACACCGAUGUCACUCGAUCCAGAGGAAAUGGCUCUCCUUGGCCAGGCGUUGAAAUUACUCAUAUUACCAGAUCCAGAGCUUAUUCUACAGAUGUCGAAUACAUUGAUAUAACUCGUUCAAGAGGUGUAAAUCCUGAGCCUGUUGCCACCAUGUAUGAAGCCUUGAACGAUGAUAGCGAGUAUGAGCAAAUCUGGUGA